AUGGUUGCUUGCUAUCCUGGAAAUGGAACCGGGUAUGUUCGUCAUGUGGACAAUCCAAACGGCGAUGGGCGCUGCAUCACCUGUAUUUAUUACCUGAAUAAGAACUGGGACUCCAAGCUGCAUGGUGGAAUUCUUCGGAUAUUCCCAGAAGGAAAGUCCUAUGUAGCAGACGUUGAGCCAAUUUUUGACCGAUUACUAUUUUUUUGGUCAGAUCGAAGGAACCCUCAUGAAGUCCAGCCUUCUUAUGCAACCAGAUACGCCAUGACUGUGUGGUAUUUUGAUGCCGAAGAAAGAGCAGAAGCCAAAAAAAAGUUCAGAAACUUAACAGAUGCAAGGAAGAGAGAAGCACCUCUUAAUGAAGACUAAUCAGCUGUUCCUGAACUCUUUGUGAGGAAACAAGAUCCCAAAGAUGACUUCCGUUUCCAGCGAACAGGGGCAAAUUCUUGUUAUGCACAAGAACGCACUGGUUGUGUCUAACAUGUGCAUCUUAUAUUGAUGGUACUUAAGGCAGCCUCCUGUCAUGCCUGCACCUGGCAGAAGGAAUACUUGUUUUCUGUUUGCCUUUUGCUGGAUAAAGUAACCAGGGUUAAAAAAAAAAAAAAAAAGAAAAAAAAAAAAGAAAGAGUAUCACUAAGCCCAGUGGUAGUGGCUCAGCCAACUGGCUUGUGAUCCCUCUUAUAACCAAGAUAAUGAUCAUUGGAACUAGUGGUAAAAACCUGAGUCUUAUUUGCACUUUAUGGGG